AUGUUGAAGUUCGGUGCGAGGCGAUGGCAAUGUUCUAUGCAUGCUUCCAAAAGUUGCUACGCUCACGUCAUUCUCAACAAACAAGUACUUCUGGUUAAGGGCCGUAACGGGAAGGAUCUGUUGAUGCUAAAUGGUUACACAUACUAUCAGCACAAGAUCCUUAGGGAUGGAUUCCGUUGGAGCUGCACGCAGAUGGGAUCCAGAUCGUGCAGAGGUUUCCUCCACGUCACCAACGAGAAGUUGGUCGUGAGAGCGCACACGGAACACACCCACCCGCCGUCCACUUACUUUUUGCAUCACAUCAAAAAGCAAUUGAGAGAGACUAGGAGGUCCAAUGAUGCUAAAGAAAGUAAAGGAGGAUUGAAUCCGUACUCCUUCAAAAUAUCCAAUAUUCAAAGCCGCACCGAAUCCUAA